AUGAUUGACGGCAUAUUAUAUGGCAAAGUUAUCAAAGAGAAAUUUAUACCAGGUCCAGCAGAUGAUAUUUACAACGAUUCCGCGAUUCGGGAAUAUACAUUGAAAAUUGUUUCCAAAAUGAAGGGUCUGAGUGAAGGAGUUGGACAAGAUGUUUUAAUAAAGACAGCAGGAAACUAUGACUACUGCGGAGUACGCUUUAAUGUAGGAGAAUCUUAUAUUUUAAUGGGGGCAAAACAACGUGAUGGAACAAAAUGGAUAGGAAUGUGUGAUUUUCCCAGCCAACUUAGUUAUAUGUCAUCAUAUCAAACGUUUUACCUGUUUACAAGAGGUUCUCAUUCUUACAGAUAUAACUGUAGACGAUGCCAAAUUGAUCAAACAUCAGUCGGCUGCAGCUUUCAGUCAGAUGAUAAUUGCCUUGCCAAGAAGGCACUGUGCAAACGAGAAGGAUUGCAGUGUCGAUGGGUUAAUAAUGGAACAUGUUAA